AUCGACAAUAUUUUUUAGAACUCGUAUAUUUUAAUUUAAUUUUAUAAUGGCUAAAACGAAGCCAUGUAAGCCAUUGGUUUUGAAUGAGCUGCUUAUACAAAAUGUCAACACAUGGGGAAAUGUACAAUAUAAUAUACCACUGAGAUUGACUAGUAAUGAGACUCGAACUGGUACCAAUAUUGCCUUACGGCAUAUCCCAGAUAUACCACAUAACUUUGACUGUAAAAUCCAUGACCCUCUUCCUAAGCGCGUUACCGGCCGCGAUAUGGUGGUGGAGAAAGAGUCCUACAAGACCACCACCGGCGAAUACUGCGUUAAGCCAAAUCCUAACAAAGCUAUGGAAAGGUCGGACUGUGCAUGUAAUUGUAAGAGAGUCAUUUACAUGACUGGUGUUGAGAAACGACUCCAAAGCAAGAAUAUCGUUCAACCAAGAUUGAUAUCAGAGAUGAAGGAUAAUUACAGAGGCCUCAGGAAGUCGCCACUAGCGCCUCCCGAAAUUGAAGUCAAAGCUCCCGAUCCUGAAUACAUUUUUGACGUGGUUGCCUCUGGUAGGAGCGAAGCACCAGUGAUACCGGAGACCGCUGGUGGGUUUCGUCGUCUGCUCGACCCGUAUGUGACCACCUACCGCGAGAAACAUCGGCUGUAUACACCGGACGACCAGUACGGGAUCGGCGCUAAGGACCAUAUCACUUUCUACACAGAGUCUAAUACUCCCAAAGUUCGAGGAUUCGGUCCGAAGUAUAAAGAGAUAUGGAUGCCAUUAGAGGCUAAAGUUCACAGAGCUGUUUACGAUAGGAGUCACGUCAAAAAAGAGUACCACGAAGUCGCAGCUUGCCACAAUCCAGUCAAUAACCUCAAAGGGGUAUUUCAGUCAGAAACAAAGAAGCAAUUCACGCCACCGUUCGCGUCUGAACUCGCGUCUUGGAGUCAUGGAGAGGAAUACUUCCUGGCUCCGUACCCUCCGAAUCCUUACCAGACGAACAUUGCCCCGUUCAUGUAUUGCAGCGACUAUUGUCAUAUCUCUCAGGGCACUAAGCCUUGCAUUGUCAUAGACCAACUGAUCCACGACAUGACACCCCAUAAGCUUUGCAAACAAAGGUUUAGCGUUUCUAGAGGCUGGUAAAGUAUAACUUUUAGUAAACAGCUCGUUUUAAAUA